CCCGCGAGGGAGCUUUCGAUAGGUUUCUUGUGAGAGCUAUGGGAGCCGGGAGAUUGAGCGGCAGCCUGGAAGUGACGCUGGUCUCGGCCACGCUGCUACGAUCCGAAGAGUCGCUAGAUACUUAUGCGACUGUGCGAUGUGGAACGCAUCAGUCUACUACUCACACCGCCAAAGAUCAGGGAGGUCUCCCUAGCUGGAACAAGGUUUUCAAGUUUAAACUCGAUGAUGAGAGCGAAGCGGAGACCAUUCUUGUGGAGGUUUUCGGUGUCAAGCCCGAGCUGGAUGAGCUCAUCGGUCUUGUCAGGAUACCGAUCUCCAAGGCCGUUUCAUCCGACAGGGAAUUGCUCGCAUUGACAAAGCCAGGAGGUGGCGAGUCUGGUCAGAUCAAAGUUAACUUCAACUGGAUUCCUUCCAAGGAUAGCGAGACCACCAAGGCUUUCCACCCCAGCGCUCCAUAUCCAGCAGGAAUCGAGACAGCCUUCUCCGACUUGAAACUCUCCAAAUCUCAAGAACAGCCUGGAGAAGCUCCAUAUCCGCCACCACCAUCCUACGCUCCUCCCGCCUACACAGUCGAGUCCCCGCCAUACCCUCCAAGCUAUCCUCCAGCAUCCGGAAAGAAAGCUCCAGACACUCCUUACAGCAGAGAUCCAAUCUAUCCCCCGGAAGGCGGAUCGAUCUCACUCCAUCCUCCACCGUACCACGCCAGCGACUAUCCUCCGCCACCUCCAGUUCCAGCGUUUCCAUCGCCAACUUACGCUCCACUCACGGAAGAAAUAACGAGCCGAGGCCUGGGUGACAAGCAAGACAAAGGCAAGCACGGCUAUCCUCCAUCCGGCUAUCCUCCGCAAGAUCCUUACGGCUAUCCUGGUGGCUAUCCUCCCGCUCCCGGUGGCUAUCCCCCGGCUCCAGGGGGUUACCCCCCGGCUCCUCACGGUGGUGGCGGCUAUCCCCCGGCCGGGUAUCCUCCGGCUCCUCCUCACGGUGGCGCCGCUGGAUAUCCUCCAGCCGGGUAUCCAUCGUCCUCGGACUCUCGCAUGGGAGGCCAUGGAAUAGCUGGAGCUAUCGCUGGUGCCGCCGCGAGUAUGCUCGGCGGUGGAGCUCAUGGAGCUCACGGCGGGUAUGGCUAUGGUCAGACUGGUCACACUCCCGGUUAUGGUCACGCCCCUGGUUAUGGUCACGCCCCGGGCUAUGGACACGCCCCCGCCCCCUAUGGGUAUGGACACGGCCACGGUAAGCAUGGUAAGCAUGGUAAGCACGGUAAGCAUGGGCACUACGGCGGUGGAUACAUGGUUGGCCAUGGCGGUGGUCACUAUGGUGGUCACCAUGGUAAGAAGUUCGGCGGCAAGCACGGGAUGUUUGGCAAGCACAAGGGCGGCAAGUACGGCAAAUGGAAGUAAAAGUUGCUCGUAGCAUUAUGCUUAACUCUAAUCGUUGUUAUUUUACUUUAAUAAAUGCCAUCGUGUAAAUAUAUUA